AUGCCUACCCCCUCUAAUAAUCCGCCUCCUGAACUCCCUCCUCGAACGCAUAGCUCUUCAUGUCCCGAUCCGGAAGAAGUGUCUCGCAGUAGCUGGCGACCCGACCAAGAUGGCCUCGAGAUGAACAUCGACGGCCAGGAAGUCGAUGCAUCAUCGCCCGAACCCGUCAGUGCUCCACCACCCGACGCCGCCAUCUCAGAUUUGCUUUCCGCCACCGAGUCUCCUAGACCGGACUCGAGGAGCGGAACCGAACCCACUAUUCUCUCUUCUGACCGCGCCGAUUCGCCAUCCGACUCCACGACCACAACGUACAAGCCGACCGAUGCCGACGACGAUGCAUCGGCCAGGGGCGAUAUGGAUGCCUUGCCGACCCGGCAGCGGCGGCGCGUCACGUUCGAGGCCGCCUCGCCCAUCGGCGCGGACGGCGAAAAGCUAGAAUACGGAGCGGCGCCCGGUCGCUGGCACGAGGAUGCUUAUGCGCCGUCGAUGGGAUUCGAUUACUCCAACGUUCGAAUAAUACCUACCUCUCCGUCGUCGUUCCUAAGACCGGGAAGCAGGUUUCACGGCACCCAGCAGUCGGAACGACAGGUAUAUGAUGUCCAGGUGGAAAUCAAGUAUGUCGACCUGCGAGAAUCGUUCCUAUGCGGCUUUCUUAAGAUCCAAGCCGCUCACACGAGUGGACAUUUAGGUCUUACGGAGGACAACCCGACGCUUACGACGUAUUUCGAGGGCGAGCUCAUCGGCAGCAAGUACGGCUUCAUCACGAAGCACGAGAACUGGGGCGCGACGGAAAAGAUCGACCUAAACCACUGGGGCAAAUUCUCGGCCUUCCGACCGUACUCGAAGCAAGUGCGCAAAGGACCCGUCACGAUCCCGAACUUGGCUCAGCGCGAGAACAUCUUCAUGCGCUGGAAGGAACACUUCCUGGUCCCCGACCAUCGCGUGCGCACUAUCAAUGGCGCCAGCUUCGAGGGCUUCUACUACAUCUGCUUUAACCAAAAGGAGGGCAGCGUUAGUGGUAUAUAUUUCCACUCGAAGAGUGAAAAGUGA